GCAGCCCCGGCCGCCGCCGCCGCCGCCGCCGCCGCGCGCCCGACCCCGCUCCCGGCACCAUGAGCUUCGGCUCCGAGCACUACCUGUGCGCCGCCUCCUCCUACCGCAAGGUGUUCGGCGACGGCUCGCGCCUGUCCUCGCGCCUGGCGGGGGCGGGCGGCGCGGGCGGCUUCCGCUCGCAGUCGCUGUCCCGCUGCACCGUGGCCUCCUCGGCCGCCUGCUCGUCCGCCUCGUCGCUCGGCCUGGGCCUCGCCUACCGCCGGGCGGCCGCGCCCGACGGCCUGGACCUGAGCCAGGCGGCCGCGCGCACCAACGAGUACAAGAUCAUCCGCACCAACGAGAAGGAGCAGCUGCAGGGCCUCAACGACCGCUUCGCCGUGUUCAUCGAGAAGGUGCACCAGCUGGAGACGCAGAACCGCGCGCUGGAGGCCGAGCUGGCGGCGCUGCGGCAGCGCCACGCCGAGCCGUCGCGCGUGGGCGAGCUGUUCCAGCGCGAGCUGCGCGAGCUGCGCGCGCAGCUGGAGGAGGCGAGCUCGGCGCGCGCGCAGGCCCUGCUGGAGCGCGACGGGCUGGCCGACGAGGUGCAGCGGCUGCGGGCGCGCUGCGAGGAGGAGAGCCGCGGGCGCGAGGGCGCCGAGCGCGCCCUCAAGGCGCAGCAGCGCGACGUGGACGGCGCCACGCUGGCGCGCCUAGACCUGGAGAAGAAGGUGGAGUCGCUGCUGGACGAGCUGGCCUUCGUGCGCCAGGUGCACGAUGAGGAGGUGGCCGAGCUGCUGGCCACGCUGCAGGCCUCGUCGCAGGCGGCGGCCGAGGUGGACGUGGCCGUGGCCAAGCCCGACCUGAGUUCGGCGCUCCGGGAGAUCCGCGCCCAGUACGAGUCCCUGGCCGCCAAGAACCUGCAGUCGGCCGAGGAGUGGUACAAGUCCAAGUUCGCCAACCUCAAUGAGCAGGCGGCGCGCAGCACCGAGGCCAUCCGCGCCAGCCGCGAGGAGAUCCACGAGUACCGGCGCCAGCUGCAGGCGCGCACCAUCGAGAUCGAGGGGCUGCGCGGCGCCAACGAGUCCUUGGAGAGGCAGAUCCUGGAGCUGGAGGAGCGACACAGCGCGGAGGUGGCGGGCUACCAGGACAGCAUUGGGCAGCUGGAGAACGACCUGAGGAACACCAAGAGUGAGAUGGCGCGCCACCUGCGGGAGUACCAGGACUUGCUCAAUGUCAAAAUGGCUCUUGACAUCGAGAUUGCAGCCUACAGGAAACUGCUGGAAGGAGAAGAAACACGUUUUAGCACCAGUGGAUUCAGCAUUUCGGGUCUGAACCCACUUCCUAACCCAAGUUACCUGCUCCCACCCAGAGUCCUUAGUUCUACAUCCUCAAAGGUCUCAUCCACUGGGCUAUCCCUUAAGAAGGAGGAGGAGGAGGCUUCCAAGGAGGUGUCUAAGAAAACCUCCCAGAUAGAGGAAAGUUUUGAAGAAAUAUUGGAGGAGACAGUAAUAUCUUCUAAGAAAAUUGAGAAAUCAAAUCUCGAAGAAAGCACCCUUUCGAGCCAAAAAAUAUAAUUAUGUUGCUUAGAAUUUUUCGCGCAUCAGAGGGGAUAGUAAUAAUGCACUUGACUUGUUAAACAGCCUAUUCCUAAACCAAAACACCUGUCACAGCGAUACACUGUCUUCCAGGCUUCAGUCUCACAGUUAGCAUCAAAUCCUUUCUCUAGUCAGAUAACCAUCCCUUAGGUUGGAGCACACUGCAAUCCUCGAGCAAGAAGUCCUAGAGGAAUUCUCUAAGAAUCCAGCUUUCUCACCUAAAGCUCAGGCUUCACAGCAUAGAUGAUUCAGGUACAGAGGAAGUACGAACUAAGGUGCUAAAUCUGUGAUCAUCGUCAUUUGCUGCGUAUUGAGGUCAAACCUGUAUCCAUUCACUUAUCCACAGCCAUUAUCCCAGGAUAUUAUCUCACUUUUGGCACCUACAACAUACGAUCACUGCCAAAAAUAA